GGCGCGUUCGCACCAAGAUGGCGGCGCCUCUGGAUGAGUACGAGAAAGAAGCGGGCUGCGUCCCUAUCCUGCACCCUGAGGAAAUAAAGCCCCCAGCCCAUUAUAACCAUGGAUACAGUGACACUCUUGGGCGCAAAAGUCACAUUGAUGAUUAUAGCACAUGGGAUAUUGUCAAAGCUACACAGUAUGGAAUUUAUGAACGUUGUCGAGAGUUGGUAGAAGCAGGUUAUGACGUACGGCAACCAGAUAAAGAAAAUGUUACACUUCUGCAUUGGGCUGCAAUCAACAACAGAUUAGAUUUAGUGAAGUACUACAUAUCUAAAGGUGCUAUUGUUGACCAGCUGGGAGGGGACCUAAACUCCACACCACUUCACUGGGCAACGAGACAGGGUCAUUUAUCAAUGGUUGUACAGCUAAUGAAAUAUGGUGCAGAUCCAUCUUUAAUUGAUGGAGAAGGAUGCAGUUGUAUUCAUUUGGCAGCCCAGUUUGGACAUACCUCUAUUGUUGCGUAUCUAAUAGCCAAGGGACAGGAUGUAGAUAUGAUGGAUCAAAAUGGAAUGACUCCCUUAAUGUGGGCAGCCUACAGAACUCACAGUGUGGACCCAACUCGGUUGCUGCUUACUUUUAAUGUUUCAGUGAAUCUGGGAGACAAAUAUCAUAAGAAUACAGCAUUACACUGGGCAGUACUAGCAGGGAAUACUACAGUGAUUAGUCUUCUUCUAGAAGCUGGAGCUAAUGUUGAUGCCCAAAAUAUCAAGGGUGAAUCUCCACUUGAUUUAGCAAAACAAAGAAAAAAUGUUUGGAUGAUAAACCACUUGCAGGAGGCAAGGCAAGCUAAAGGAUAUGACAAUCCAUCAUUUCUCCGAAAGCUGAGAGCUGAUAAGGAAUUUCGUCAGAAGGUGAUGCUGGGAACACCUUUCCUAGUUAUUUGGCUGGUUGGGUUUAUAGCAGACCUUGACAUUGAUUCUUGGCUCAUUAAAGGACUGAUGUAUGGUGGUGUUUGGGCUAUGGUCCAGUUUCUUUCCAAAUCUUUCUUUGAUCACUCCAUGCAUAGUGCACUGCCUCUUGGAAUCUACCUAGCAACAAAAUUCUGGAUGUAUGUUACAUGGUUUUUCUGGUUUUGGAAUGAUCUAAAUUUCUUGUUCAUCCACCUUCCAUUCCUUGCCAAUAGCGUUGCACUUUUCUAUAAUUUUGGAAAAUCCUGGAAAUCAGAUCCAGGAAUAAUUAAAGCCAGCGAAGAACAAAAGAAAAAGACAAUUGUAGAACUUGCAGAGACAGGAAGUCUGGACCUCACUAUAUUCUGCAGUACCUGUUUGAUACGGAAACCAGUGAGAUCCAAACACUGUGGCGUGUGCAAUCGAUGCAUAGCCAAGUUUGAUCACCACUGUCCAUGGGUUGGUAACUGUGUAGGAGCAGGCAACCAUCGUUAUUUCAUGGGCUAUCUAUUUUUUUUACUCUUCAUGAUUUGCUGGAUGAUUUAUGGAUGCAUCUCUUACUGGGGAAUCCACUGUCAGACUAGUUACACAGCAGAUGGAUUUUGGACAUAUAUUACCCAAAUUGCUACCUGUUCGCCUUGGAUGUUCUGGAUGUUCCUGAACAGUGUCUUUCACUUCAUGUGGGUGGCUGUGCUACUAAUGUGUCAGAUGUAUCAGAUCUCUUGUUUAGGUAUUACUACAAAUGAAAGGAUGAAUGCAAGACGAUAUAAGCACUUUAAAGUUACAACAACAUCAAUUGAAAGCCCAUUUAACCAUGGAUGUAUAAGAAAUGUUAUAGACUUCUUUGAAUUCAGAUGCUGUGGUCUUUUUCGCCCUGUUAUUGUGGACUGGACAAGGCAGUAUACAAUAGAAUAUGACCAAACAUCCGGAAGUGGCUACCAACUAGUGUAACACCCACCUCCAACCUGUGAGCAUAUCGUAUCUGAGUGGUGCCUGAAAAUUUGUUUCUCUCAAAUCCAUAUCCCCUGAACAGUAGCAUGCUAUGAAUACAGCUAACGGUGAAUCUAAUGGUACCUUCUCUACAUCAGUUUUAUUAACAGAUGUAAACAAAGGACAGAAUAAACUGCCAAUUCUGAUAAAGAGGAGGAAGAAGAAAAAUGGAUUUUAAUGGUUCUUACCAUGAAAAUUAUUCACAACAUGUUCACGGAAAUUUUCCUUUUAAGCGCUUUCACAAUGGAGCAUGAGAUUGCUAAAAUACAAACAUGCUAAGUCCAUGCUAUGCGGAACAUUAAAUAUUUAUUUCAUAUUUUGAACAAUUUCAUUGGAAUUAAAGUCACAUUUCACAAAUCAGUCAGACUUUCAGAUCACUGUAUUAUAUUUCCUUUAAUGGAAUUUUUUGUAUAGAUUUGCUAUAGUAUUAUGUGCAUUGAAGAAUGUACAUUCAGUACUCUUAAGGAAUCGUAUGGUUUUAUUUGGGAUCCAACACAAAGUGUGAAGUUGCUGAAGCAGGACACAAAGAUAUUGAUCACAAAACUGUUACCUAUAUGUAAUGGCUGUCAGCUGUUAGAGCUGUCUUGUUUUUGAUAUAGUGAGUUCCUCGUAAUAAAUCUUGUGUGAAGAUAUACAUUCUGAGAAAAAAGUUGCAUAGGGGAAGUACAGCUCUUCUGUCCAAUAUAACCCCCCGCUUAAGUGCAUGGAAAUAAGUCUUAAGAUUAGACCACAAAAUAAAAUAUAAUGCAUAUAAUACUCUGCAGAAAGUAAAGAAAAACAUUAAAAUAUACAAUCAAGAAAUGCCAGUGUCUAAAUACUGAGAACAAUCCUGCACAAUGUAAGUAAUUGGAGUCUUCAAGAAUUUGAGAAGAAGUUACAUAGGCGGAACCAAAGAAUGAAAUGGGAAACUCUACAAUGCAAAGGAACAAUACAACUAAUUACAAUGGAUGCAGUUGCUGAAGAAGUUAAAAAAUUGGGAAACAAACCUUUUUUUCCAUAAAAUGAUGGAAUUCAGUCUAAAACAAGUUAUGAUUUCUUUGUGGCACAUAUAAGUGGGAAAAGUAACAAGGCUUGUUGGAGAAUACAGCAUGUCAGUAGGUGGGGAAACACUUGUUUCUCUCAAAUACUCAAACUCAAUUAUAUUUGGAAAGCAAGAAAUGGUCUGAAGUUGCAUUCCAGAGGAGUUUUUUGGUGUUGAAUGUGAUGCACUGAUUUUCUGUUAUGGCAUUUAUAUAUAUUACUUGUGAAUUGUUCACUGCUUCCUUAACUAUUGUUUACAGAGAGACUUGAAAAUCUGUUUAGUUCUCUAAGUGCUGUAGCAACAUAGUGGUUCAAGAAUCCUGUGAGGGGGAUUUGGGGAAGGGGGUGGGACCUUUAAACAGAUGAUAGAGACCAGUGUAAAGAAUGUGUAUCUGUAUAUAAAUAAUUUAUCAGAUAGUUUUCUCUUUGUGAGUGCGUGUGUGUGUGUGUUAGUAAUAUUUAAAAGCUGCUCAUUUCAUUUUAUUCAACCAAAAAUGUAGGAUGAUACCUAAUGGGCGUUUUAGUGAUGAUCAAUAUUGCUGUUAAUAGGCACUGUACCCUGCAACUUCGCCGCAUGUUUGAUGCUUGGCCAACCUAGCAUUUCCUGUAAUGUGUCAAUUACAGGUAUUAAAGCAAUCUAGUGGUAUUCCCGCCCCUUGCCUUAGUAAGAGGAGCAGUGAAACUGUAAAUAAUUGAUGUUCAGUAUUUGCAAGUAGACAUUUUUUCUUCUAGCCAGUUUUUUGACGGCCAGGUGUGCAUAGUUUGCAAGUACGAGAUAUCAAGAUUUACAGAAGUGCAACAUUAGUGUACUUGAAUGUUUAAUACUGGAAAAAUUCAACCUUAUCUUAUGACACACUAUUUUUGAGGGGGAAAAGAGAGAAGGUAGGUAGGGGAGGGGGGGAACUGCUUAUUGCCAUUUUGUCAGAUACAGCUUAGAAAUAUAACAAGAAUAUAUUAUUCUUACACCAUCACUUGUAAUUUUUAUUUUAAUGCUGGAAGAAGUUUGGGCAGGGACUUAAUUUCUUGUUUAACUUUCAGUGUAGAGAUAUUUCACAGAAUUGCUUAUUUGGUGUUUAAAAGCCAUCAGUAAAUACAUUUCAAUAACACCACACAUUUAUUGGGCCACUUAAGUAACGUAAGCUACAUGGAUGCUUUAUAAAACUAAAUGAAUAAAUCCUACUUGACAACAAUUAAUGAAUCCUACUUCAAUUAAGCCAGACAAAACACAUACUAUACUACAAAACUAAGAGAAAAUAUAAUAGUAGAGCUAGGUUCAUCCAGAGGAACGUUCUACAUUUGUAGUACCUAAAAUCUUAUACAGUUCUAGGUGUCUUCACAAGUACAAAGGGAUAUAUUCUGAAACAUCUGAAUGGGAAAGCUAUCUAUGCAGCUGCCUUCUUCUGCCAAGAAAUCUGUUGUAUGUACUGCCUAGGAACAGUAUGACAUCAGUCCAUAUGAACAAGGUAUCAAACAAGUAAAUGAAAUUUUAUAUCCGCCCUAGACAAGCUGAUUUUAUUUUUGCAGAUUUUAAAUUUUCCAGUGCCCUCCUGAUUUUUUUUUAAGGAAAAAGGUUCAUAUGCAUAACAGAGCAACACUGUUUUCAACUGAGUAUUUUGAUUUUUAAUUUACUUAAUUUAUAACUGUGCCAAGUAUUAUUUUACUAAUGUCAAAAUAUCGAUGUAUUACAUUGUGAACAAAAAUCUGUAAAAUGUGUAAUAAAAUAGCCCUCCUUACAUAAAUUAAAACCUGUCAAUUUUUUGUAAGUUAUUAAUCAAAUAAAUACUUGUCUCCUAGA